UUGAGCUGGAAAUGGCAACAAACAAUGUCUGCCCACCGCCGAUGAAGGCAACGUCGAAUGGGUCAUGGCAAGGGGACAAUCCGCUCGAUUAUGCGCUUCCUUUGGCCAUCUUACAAAUCUGUUUGGUUGUAGCUUUAACGCGGGUUCUCGCUUUUCUUCUCAGGCCACUUAGGCAGCCAAGAGUCAUCGCAGAGAUUAUUGGCGGCAUACUUCUGGGACCCUCUGUGGUGGGCCGCAGCAAGCGAUUCCUUCACAACGUCUUCCCUAGUCGUAGCCUAACCGUCCUAGACACCCUUGCCAACAUCGGUCUACUCUUCUUCCUCUUCUUAGUCGGCCUUGAGCUCGACAUCCGCGCUAUCAAACGAACCGGCAAGAAAGCUUUCGGCAUUGCCAUUGCCGGCAUCGUCCUCCCAUUCAUCAUGGGCAUCGGUACCUCCGUCGUCCUCAGCUCCACCAUCAACAAAGGCGUCCGACAUGCACCUUUCCUUGUCUUCAUGGGAGUCUCGCUAUCCAUCACCGCAUUCCCCGUCCUCGCCCGCAUUCUCGCCGAGCUCAAACUCCUCACCACCGACCUCGGACGUAUGGCCAUGUCAGCCGCCGCUGUAAAUGAUGUCGCUGCAUGGAUCCUUCUCGCCCUCGCCAUUGCACUCUCUAGCACUGAUAGCUCUCCUUUAAUAGCCGUCUGGGUCCUUCUCUCCGGCGCUGCAUUCAUUUGCUUUGCAGUUUUCACUAUCCGCCCCAUCCUAGCAAUGAUGGCCCGUCAAUCCCCUCAUGGUGAGCCUGUCAAGGAGAUCUUCGUAUGCAUAACGCUCUCCAUAGUCCUGGCUGCUGGGUUCGUUACUGACAUCAUCGGUAUACACGCUCUCUUUGGUGCGUUCAUCGUCGGUCUGGUCGUUCCCAAGGACGGACCAUUCUCAGGGGUGCUGAUAGAGAAGGUGGAAGAUCUCGUGUCGGGUCUGUUACUGCCUCUCUACUUCGUAUCAAGUGGGCUAAAGACGGACAUUUCGACGAUCAGAGGCGGGCAGUCGUGGGGGUUGCUUGUACUUGUUAUCGGGACUGCUUGUAUUGGAAAGAUUGGUGGGACAAUGGUGGUGUCAUUGAUUUUCAAGAUGCCGCUUAAUGAGUCAGCUGCUCUUGGGUUCCUCAUGAACACAAAGGGGCUGGUGGAACUUAUCGUCCUCAAUAUUGGCAGGGACAAACAUGUAUUGAACGACCAGACCUUCGCAAUCUUAGUACUGAUGGCACUGUUCACCACCUUCAUGACCACCCCUCUUGUCACAGCUGUCUACAAGCCAGCCCGGGGUAUCCCUCCUUACAAACACCGUAUGAUCCAGCGAAACAACUGGGACACUGAACUCCGCAUCCUGGCUUGCUUCCAUAGCACCCGCAACAUUCCCACCAUGAUAAAUAUCAUUGAAUCAUCUCGAGGAACCCGUUCCCGUGGUAUUACUGUCUAUGCCAUGCACCUCAUGGAAAUCUCCGAACGCUCCUCUACCAUCUCCAUGGUUCACAAAGCCCGCCACAAUGGUCUCCCCUUCUGGAACAAGAAGCGUUCUCACAACGACCAUAUUGUCGUCGCAUUCGAAGCCUACCAGCAGCUCAGCAGCGUCUCUAUCCGCCCCAUGACUGCCAUUUCCAACUUCUCCACUAUCCAUGAGGACAUCUGCACUAGCGCCCGACAGAAACGAGCCGCUCUCAUCCUCCUUCCCUUCCACAAGAACCAGCGUAUUGAUGGCAUCAUGGAAUCCCUUGGUUAUGCAUUCCAACAUAUUAACCAAAUGGUCCUCCAACAUUCCCCAUGCUCUGUUGGCAUCCUCGUCGACCGUGGCCUAGGAGGAGCUACCCAAGUCUCUGCCAGUGCACUUUCUUUCUCUGCUGUCGUUCUCUUCUUCGGUGGUCGUGACGACCGUGAAGCUGUUGCUUAUGGCGCCCGCAUUGCAGAACAUCCUGGGAUCAUGCUCACCGUUGUAAAGUUUGUGCCUCCACCUGGCCAGACACUGAUGUGGGAUAAUGGGAAGAACGUCAGUAUCGACAUGGAUGCAGAUGACAAGAAAGCAGAUGAAGAGGGGAUUGCUGAAUACAAGAGUCGGAGUUAUACAGCAGGGAAAGGGUCGAUGUUGUAUGAGGAGAAGGAAGUAGGAAGCCAGGAUGAGAUUAUUGCAGCUGUGAAAGAGAUGAGCCGGUGUAAUAUCUUCCUAGUAGGUCAGAUGCCGCCCACUGCUCCUCUUACCACCAGGUCUGACUGCCCGGAAUUGGGUCCCGUUGGCAGCUUCUUAGCAUCGUCGGAAUUCUCAACAAUGGCGUCGGUGUUAGUAAUUAAGCAAUAUAAUCCGGCGGCGGAUGUUUCGCUGAUAGCGGGAGAGAUGGUGGAAAUACAUGACUUGCCGGAUACCCCAAGGAACUCAGAGUCAUAAGUGGGUCAGUUUUCCGGUGGGUGGCGAGUCUUAUGUUCUGAUGAGAGCAUUGGUUGAGGAUUGAGAGAGAAAUGGCAGUUUAAAUAUUUCAAAUAUUUUUCAGAAAAUUAUACUAGAUCCGA